AUUAAAUUUUAUUAAUAAGAAAAUUUUAUUUCAUAAGCUUUUAUUUUAACAAUGUCUCUUGCCUCGCGUUCUCGUUACCGACCCAAUGUGCGUCUGGGUAAUUGGUUCGAAGACAUUUGUUUAGAACAAGAUAAAAUUCGUGUAUUCAAAGAUCUUCGCGAUCGUGGUGAACUUUUAGUAGAAAAAACACGUCGUCUCUUCGAUAACUUUCAUAAGGAAAUCGUACUCGAAGCACCCAAAGAGAAUGUACGUUUUGGAGCGGUAGUACAGCUUAUGCCUUACAAUAUGCAAAUCUGUGAAUAUAACAAUUCAGAUGUUCAUCCCGCCCUUUCGGUAGUGAUAAAUGAACGUGUGGUUAGACGUAGUCAAAAGAUCAAUGAUGAGUGUGAAUUGACAAUAGCGCCUUCGAUAAAACCUUGUGUACGCAAUUCAUUUCGUAUAGUUAGUAGCGAUGAUAAGGAUCGUACCAAUGAGCUGUUGAAAUAUGGUCAACAUUUUCGUUUGGAAUGUGUUGAAUCUUCGGCAGAUCCUUUGCUAUUGUAUAGUGCUCAAAAAUCGGCAGAUUUAAAUUCAAUGAUUUCGACUACAUUUAGUUCGAGAAAAUAUGGAGAGUUAAAUUUAAAAUUGGGCUUGUGUUUGAAGAGGAACUGUGGCCCUGGCAAAUUAAUACCUUCUGCCUAUACAAAUUGGUUUUGUCAACAUAUCGAUCCUACACAACGUUUUGAGACUGAUGGUACUACUUUGCCGAGCAACAAACCUUUGGUUAUAACCCAUGCAGCAACAAAUCGUAAUUUGGCAGCCGAGAAUGUUGUAAUUCAAACUUUAUUUGGAACGGAAUUCUUGGUUUCGGUGCAAAAUUAUAAAACUAUUUACAAACGUGAAAACUGGAAAAAUAUUUGGAUGAUUAGCAAUGGACAUCAAUUCAAGUAAAAAUUUUAGUUUUCUUAUAAUAUAUUCUUAAUAUUUUUAGUUGUUUUUAUUCACGCCAAAUAAAUUAUUUAAAAUAAA